AUGGCCGCUCUAAGGACUCUAAUGUUUCUUGCUUUGACAGGGGCUUCCAGCAGUCAGUUUUCAGACUGCUCAUACUACGAUCUACUGAAUCAUCUGAACUUGACUUCAUCAAAUACACUUCUAGAAGUCAUGCGACCCGUAAAGAACUGGACCGAGCCCACACUGGUCAAGUUGGACAUGUUGGUGUACGGCAUUUUAGGUUUGGAUGAAAAGUCUCAAACGGUCACGAGUCACAUCUGGAUGUCAAAGUACUGGACGAAUGAUUUCCUAACGUGGAAUUCUUCUGACUUCUGUGGGAUAGACGAGCUGUUUAUUCCCAAAUCGAUGCUUUGGAUCCCGGCUGUCAUCAUCGAAGAAGAUGCCUCUGACAGCGGCUUUAUCGCUGAAGAUCCGUGGGCCGUCUUGCAUCCCAACGGUUUGAUAGUCACAUUUGCUCGCCAGCUACUGACUUUCACCUGCCAAUUUAAUCUCUUCAAGUUCCCCUUCGAUGUACAAAAGUGCAACAUUACAUUUUUAUCCAUGGGCGCUGACGUGAAAUCUUUGUUACUCGACUCAGCCCAGAAUGAUUCGGCCCUGACGGAACUGUCAGAGCAGUACAUGAUCACCCAGGGAGAAUGGAACCUGAAGGAAAUAAAAAUUGUCAGCACAAAUUUCACCAAUGAGCACACAUGCCAUAGCGCACUUGUAUUCAUGGUUACACUUGAGAGGAGGCCUUUGCUUUAUGUGAUCAAUUUCAUCCUCCCGCUGGUGUAUUUACUGGUGCUGGACUUGGGUACCUUUUUUAUUCCUGAGUCCGGAGGUGAAAAGUUAAACUUCAAAGUGACAGUGCUGCUGUCCAUCUCCCUUUUACUGCUGAUUCUUAAAGACAUUUUGCCCUCUACCGAAGUCAAUCUGCCCAUAAUUGCCAAGCUCUGUGUUUCAGUGUUCACCUUGGUGUGGCUCGGUGUUCUUGAGACCAUGCUGGUGAGCUUUUUAAUUCAUCUGGAUGAUGUUUAUGGGAAAAAGACAGAACGCUCCGCUGAUGCUGAUGUUAACAUCAAGCUGGAAGUUCACAAAGCUGUUGAAGAGAACGGGCACUUCAAAUCAGAAAAGAAUCCUCCUCGUGACGCUGAUCUCCUGAAAUCCAUCCUGGAUGAAUUGAAAUCGGCUCAGCAGAAGACUGGAAGUCAGGAAAAGGAAACAACGCAGCCUGGAUUUUUCAGAAAACUGGCUAAAAUAAUUGACAUUUUGUCCUUCAUUUUAUACUUUUUAACUGUCUUCAUUUUUGUGACAUAUAUUUUUAUAGUCUGGGUUUAA